GUGUACCGGAUUGCUGCGGAAGUCGCGUACAUCUUGAUUCGUGGAGAAUUCGCCGCGUUAAGAGCAGGAUAUCAUCUUGUUAAUUGAAUUUUACCAGAUUCCUUAGAUCAUUGGUAUUCCCUUUGUUAAAUAAUCAUGGCGAACGCGGGUCCGGUAUCGAAAAAACGUAGGUUUAUCAAUAAUGGAGUGUUCAAAGCGGAAUUAGAUGAAUUCCUUAAGCGCGAACUGGCGGAGGACGGCUACAGCGGUGUCGAGGUCCGCGCGUCCCCCACCUCCACGGAGAUCAUCAUCCUGGCCACACGCACGCAGAAUGUCCUGGGAGAGCGCGGAAAGCGCAUCCGGGAACUGACCUCCGUCGUUCAGAAACGUUUCGCUUUCACCGAGGGAACCGUAGAGUUGUACGCGGAGAAAGUGGCCCACCGUGGACUUUGCGCUAUUGCCCAGUGCGAGUCUCUGCGGUAUAAACUUCUGGGAGGACUCGCUGUUCGUCGAGCCUGUUACGGAGUUGUCCGAUAUAUUAUGGAAUCUGGCGCCAAAGGCUGUGAAGUCGUUGUAUCGGGUAAACUCCGUGGACAGCGUGCGAAGUCCAUGAAAUUUACGGACGGGAUCAUGAUUCACAGUGGUGAUCCUUUGAAUGAUUAUGUCGAUCGGGCUGUUCGACACGUGCUCCUACGGCAAGGCGUGCUCGGAAUUCAAGUUAAAAUUAUGUUGGCACACGAUCCGGCUGGAAAGACUGGACCCAAACGACCACUUCCAGAUCACGUGACGGUGUUGGAGCCUAAAGAAGAGGAACCGCAGCCAGUUCCUUCGAGCGAACAGAAAGAAAAUAUUGGUCCAUCUGUUGGCGGGAUGGGUCCAGCUGUAUGAUUAUAACUGAAUUUUUUGUUAAUGGAAGGGCAUUAAGGUAAUAAAAAACAGAAGUCAG